AUGGCUGAGGCGCUGCCCCCUGGGGACUCGGUGGCCAGGCUACCCAGGGAGUCUGGCUCCUCAAUGGGCUUGGACAGGCUGGCUCCAGCAGGGGGGCCAGGAGAGGAUUGCUCUGCCAAGGAGGGAGAGCAAGAAGGAAGCGCCUACAAGCUCACCAGCAAAGUGUCCACAUCAGGCCAGAUGAGGAGCAAGAAAAGUGUGAAGGAAGGAUUUUUACUGAAACAGACCAGCUCUUUCCAGAGGUGGAAGAGAAGAUAUGUCCGAAUUCGAGGAAAGACACUCUACUAUGCCAAAGACUCCAAGUCCCUGAUCUUUGAUGAGAUCGAUCUUACUGAUGCCAGCGUGGCCGAGACCAGCACAAAGAACGUUAACAACAGCUUUACGGUGAUCACCCCGUUCCGAAAGCUCAUCCUGUGUGCAGAGAAUCGAAAGGAGAUGGAGGAUUGGAUCAGUGCCCUGAAAGCUGUCCAGAAGUGGGCAGCUAAUGAGCAUUUCCAGGUGACCACAGAUCACUUCUCCAGCACUCAUAACUGGUACACCUGCUCUCACGCCCGCCCCACUUUCUGCAAUGUCUGCCGGGAAGCCCUCUCAGGGGUCACCUCCCACGGCCUGUCCUGUGAAGUGUGUAAAUUCAAAGUUCACAAGCGGUGCGCUGUGCGAGCCAGCUCCACCUGCAAAUGGACCACCCUGGCCACCAUAGGCAAUGACAUCAUUGAAGACGAAGAUGGGGUGGCGAUGCCCCAUCAGUGGCUGGAAGGGAACCUGCCUGUCAAUGCCCGCUGUGCUUCGUGUGACCGCAUGUGUGGCAGUGUCCGCAGACUGCAAGAUUACAAAUGCCUCUGGUGCAAGGCCGUGAUUCAUGGUGCCUGCAGAGACCAAUUUUCCAAGAAAUGCCCCCUGGGACAGUACAGGGUAUCCAUCCUCCCACCAACAGUUCUGAACUGCAUGGACUCAGAUGGGUUCUGGAAGGCCUCUUGCCCAGGCUCCUGCUCCAGCCCUCUCCUGGCUUUUGUCAAUUCCAAGAGUGGCGACAACCAGGGCGUCCGCUUCCUGCGCAAAUUCAAACAGUUCCUGAAUCCAGCUCAGGUGUUUGACCUGAUGAAUGGGGGGCCUCACCUGGGGCUCCGUCUGUUCCAAAGGUUCUCCACCUUCCGGAUUCUAGUGUGCGGUGGAGAUGGCAGUGUGGGCUGGGUUCUCUCUGAAAUUGACACUCUUGGAUUACACAAACAGUGCCAACUUGGGGUCCUGCCCCUGGGAACUGGCAACGAUCUGGCCCGUGUGCUCGGCUGGGGCAGCCUGUGUGAUGACGAUACUCAGCUCCUGCAGAUCCUGGAGAAGAUGGAGCGAGCCACCACCAAGAUGCUGGACAGAUGGAGCGUCAUGACCUGGGAGGCCCCUGGAGGAGUGCUCACACGCAGGGCUGGCCAGUGUACCCCAGUGAGCAACAGAACCGAUAUGCUCAUUCGGGAGCUCGAGAUGGAGCCACAGGCUGCUGUGGGCUACCUGGAGAACACCCCAUUGGCUGCUCCAUCUGCAGAAGAGGAGGGCGAUGCUGAUGACUUCGAGGGGGGAGCUGUGGGUGGUGCCCCUGCAGAGGUGUGCCAGCCCUCCAGCUUGGUGCCCCCAGCCUUCAGAUCCAAGGAUCAGAUGGUCCUGAGAGCUAACAGCCUGAAGAAGGCCCUGAAGCAGGUCAUUGAACAGGCAGAACAAGAUUCUCGCCGUGACACCGUGUCCUCCACCACAUCGUCUGUCUUUCUGGACCAACCAGAUGACUCGAGCUCAAGCAACUUUGCCGAGGAACCCGUCACCAUCCAAUUCUCAGAAAAGUGCGUCAUGAACAAUUAUUUUGGCAUUGGGCUGGAUGCGAAGAUUUCUCUGGAAUUUAACAACAAGAGGGAUGAACACCCCAAGAAGUGCAGCAGCCGCACCAAGAAUAUGAUGUGGUAUGGGGUGCUGGGGACCAAAGAACUUCUGCAGCGUACCUAUAAGAACCUGGAGCAGCGAGUGCAACUUGAGUGUGAUGGUGAAAUCAUGGCCUUGCCCAGCCUGCAGGGAAUUGCUGUUCUCAACAUCCCCAGCUAUGCAGGAGGCAUCAACUUCUGGGGCGGCACCAAGGAAGACAAUAAUUUUGGAGCACCUUCCUUUGAUGACAAGAAGCUGGAGGUUGUGGCAGUGUUUGGCAGCAUCCAGAUGGCUGUGUCGCGAGUUAUCAACCUUCAACACCACCGCAUUGCUCAGUGCCGUGUGGUCAAGAUCACCAUCUGUGGUGAUGAGGGGGUCCCUGUGCAAGUGGACGGAGAGGCGUGGGUCCAGCCCCCAGGGAUUAUCAAGAUUCAGCACAAGAACCGAGCCCAGAUGCUGACCAGAGACCGGGCCUUUGAGAGCACCCUCAAGUCAUGGGAAGAUAAGCAGAAGGGAGAAAGCUACAGAUCAGCCCGCCCCCGGCUCAACUCGCAACAGUCCAUGGAAUAUCUCACCGAGGAGGAAUAUAGGCUGUUGCAGCGCUUUGCCCGCUCUGCCGACAUCCUCAUCACCAGGAUCCGAGAGGUGGCCAAGAUCCACAAGGCCAUAGAGCAGGAGCUGGCCCACUCCGUGAACAGCUGUGCCUCUUCCCUGACAGAAGUACUGCCCAGCAAGCGCAGUGGCAGCAGCCCUGAGAGCCUAAGCAGAAACUCAGCCGUGGAAGUUUCAAUUAGCGUGAAAGCCUUGUACAAUGAAGCCAGAGCUUACGUGGAAGGGAAGCUGCAGUUGGACAGCCCUCGGCGGGAGGAGGGGCUGCAGGUUGCCUUAGCCAAUGUCAGCCAGGAGCUGGAGAAGGUGUCUGAAAUCCACUGGCUGGCACCCAUCCUCAGUGCCGUCACUGAAGAGGAGAGCUUGGGACACUCUAGCAAGGGCAGCUUCAGGUUGCGCUUAAACAUCUCCAGAGGAAAGAAGAACAAGUCCCACAAGGUCAAAUGGAGCAGUGCUGUCUCAGUGGACAAAUGGGGCCCUGAGGAAGUGGCUUCUUGGCUGGACGCACUUGGUUUAGGGGAGUACAAAGACAUUUUUACCCGCCAUGAAAUCCAGGGCUCAGAACUGAUCCUGCUGGAGAGACGAGACUUGAAGGAUUUAGGAAUUAGAAAGGUUGGCCACGUGAAGAAGAUCCUUCAAGGAAUCAAAGACAUCAGCCACAAUCUAUGAAAUGCUGCAGGAGGAGAGCCCUACAGCUCGGGACUCCUGACAAGAAGCCACCUCAUGGUGGAAUAACAAUAACAACACCGGAUGUGACAACUAUGACUAGGACUAGGACGACAACAACGAUGCCGACUCUAAACCGACUGAUCGCAGACUCAAUUAUCCCGGACAGACAUGGACCCUGCUCAUUAGGGCCGUCAGACAAUGCUUUCCACUAAUCUGACUUUCUUGACUUUGACUUUAUCAGGUUUCCUUAGAGGUUUACAUUUCCACAUUGGCCAAAGAUUGUUGGAUAGAGUUGUUCUUCAGUUCUCCCUCUCUGUGUUUCCUGACUGGCUUCUGUUAAAUGAGUUAAGCUUCUGUAUAUGCCUGGGAUCUAGAAGAAUGGCCUUCUUUGGGCACUUGGGAGCUGGUGUUUUCUCUGAUGGGUCAGUCACCUGACUGAUUUUGUGACUUGGAAUGUCUUAGUGUUUCCCUUUGGAAGAAGGUGAGAGAAGAGGCUUUGUGCCAUGGAAGAUGGGAACUAGGUCCUAGGGGCUUCUCUCCUAGCCUUAAUUACGUGGCUGUAUCCUUUAUUGUCCCCGAGUUGAGCCCCCAUCCGUGGCCUAUGCUUAAGUGUGCUACCUUGACCCCCUGGAGACUUACCAUGCAUGUUAAAAACUAGGCUUUUCUUAUAGAUGUGGCUUGCAAACUCUGCAAGUAGCCUCUGCUGCCUCUGUGUGUGUGUGUGUGUGUGUGUGUGUGUGUGCGCGCGCAUGCGCGCACGCACGCACACACACAUACGCGCGUGCGUGCACUAGGCCAGGAGUGGGAUGGGUGGGAGGGAAAAUGGGAAGGGGAUAUGUAUGUGUCUGUGUCUGUGUGCAUGCUUGUGAAUAGCUUUCAUCAGGUACCCAAUGGGCCACGUAAGAGUCCAGUCCUGAUUUCAGGUGAAUGGCCCACUCUGCCCACUGCUGCUCACCACUAGUAACUUGAUGGAGUCUCCAGAACCUGUAAGAACCCCCGCUGCCUUGACCCAAGCUUGCAUGCUGUCCGCCAGUGCUUUGCUUGCAUUCUGGCUGGGUUUUCGAGCCAAAAGUCAUUCACCCUUGUGCUGCUGUAUAGAUUAUGGAGAGAGAGAGAGAGAGAGAGAGAGAGAGAGAGAGAGAGAGAGAGAGAGACAGAGAGAGACAGAGAGAGACAGAGAGAGAGACAGAGACAGAGAGACAGAGAGAGACAGAGACAGAGAGAGAGAUAGAGAGAGAGACAGAGAUAGAGACAGAGAGAGACAGAGAGACAGAGAGAGAGAGAGAGAGAGAGAGAGAGAGAGAGAGAGAGAGAGAGAGAGAGGGAGGGAAAGCAAGCAAAUGGAGAGAUGUAUAUAUUUUUGUAAGAACUGAAGAUACAACUCGGUAUCUAAGGCUCCUGAUAAAGUUCUUCUGUAACUUACUGCCAUGCCCAGGACUCUCAGACUUCUGGGCAUCUCCACCCAUGUUCUUUACUUCUGACAAAGCUACGGGGUCUGAUCUGUCCUAGUGGAGCCUUCAAAGCCACCAUUGAGGCUAAGGCUGACUGAUGUCCAGGCUGCUUCUGUUCCCCUCCUAAUCCUAAACCAGGCCCUGGAAAGGGGAACAGAAAGGUCAAAGCUAUUUGCUCUGGACUGUGUACAUCAUUAGGACCUGCUUCCUCCUCACACCUUCUCCUUCCUUUCCCUCUACUUCUACUCCACCUCCUUUGCUCCUCCUCCCUCCCCCUUCCCCUUCUCUUUCUUUCCCCUCCUCUCCAAGCAACAGGCCUUGAAGUCUGGGAUCCAGGAACUCUGGGGUCUCUACCCUCAAGGCUAGGUUAUGCUUAUAGCCUGGGGACCAUCCAGGGCAACCAGUUCUGAAUUUUCUGGACUAGCUGACUGGAUGGUCCCAGACCCAGCAGAGAGUUUCCAGUCUGUUUCCCUCUUCCUGAGACAAGGCUGUCAGAGCUAGGCUUCACAGCAGAAAGAGGCUGUUAGAGCAGCUCCUCUGCAGCCCAGGGGGCUACUGCUUUGGAGUUCGAGGUCACCCAACAACAACAGGUGACUCAAAGCUUCCUUGGGUGGGUACCUCUCUACCUUCUAGUGAAAAACAAGAACAAAACACAAAUCCCAGUUGUUCCCAACCCUAAAUUUGCUUGGGAUUUUGUUGUUUGAAAGGCCUGUUGAAACGCAGGCAUAUCUGGCCGGGCCCAGCAUCUAAAGGGGAGAUGCCCCAGGGCCCUAGGAGCCAAGCCCUUGAAUGCCUACAGACAAAUUUCUUUCCCCUCUGCCCCAAAACCAAUCAAGCCCUUGGCUGGGAGCUAGAAAGAUGGCCUCUCCACACUGCAAGACGAAGGCGGAGCUCUUCCCUGGGUCUCUCCUGUGGCUGGAUCAUUGGGGUACAUCAGAUCAGAAUCCUGGUCCUGGAUGCUUUUCCAACCUGAAAAUGGGGAGCUCAAAACUGCAAAGGGGGGGCAAAGCCCCUGAUGCCGUCUUGUCUAAUUGUGAUGCCAAAAAUAGCUCUAGCCAUAAAUCUAAAGAAGAAAGUAUUGUAAAUAGAUGAAAGAAAAUAUUUAAAAUUUUAUUUAAGCACCUACAGCAUUAAUUUAUUUGUCCCCGGGAUGAGCUAUCUCGGAGACUUCUGCUUUGACUGCCCCCCCCUCUCUCCUAGGCUCCUCUGGGGCUAAAAGCCCUUUCCCUCAUCAAUGCCCCACUGUCCCGUGUUCCCCUGCACGGGCAUAGACUGGGGAUGCCCAUUGAUCUUGGGAGUCUAGGCAGGGUUGGGAUUCUUUUGUUGCUUCCCCCCAAUGGUGGCUCCUUUUCAUUUUGUUAAGAUUGCUAAUAUAUCGAUGCUAAGCUAUGUGCUGUGCUGUUGUUGAUCUGACCAGUACCCACACCCCCAAACCCUUGGCCCUCCCCAAUCCCCAUCUCUUCCUUCCCUGAAUCAGAACGGAGCUGGCCUGGCUUGCAGGCCAAGCACAGAGUGAGCCUUGUGCUAAGUGGGGAGGAAAGGGGGAAGGAGGGUCCUGAGCAGGUGCUGCUUGCUAGCUCAGUUUCCAUUGUGUUUCCCUCCUGCCCUGAUUCCCAGCCAGCCCUCCUGGCAAGCUCAGGGUGCCAAGGAAAGGGACCUGCUGAGCACCGGCUCUGCCUGGACCAGCCCAGUGCUUGGAACAAAGCAAGAUCAGCUCCCUCCUUCACAGGGGCUGCCCUCGGGCCCCAGGAGUGAUUUCGCCCCACAGGGGCCUCGCUGAAGCAGUGCUGUAAUAUAGUUGCUUGGGCAAUGGGACCAGGCCCUUACCAUUCAUCUCCAUCUCCAUCACCUUCAGAGACAUCAUUUCAGGCAAAUAAGGGGUAGGUUGCUUCUUUGGGUGAUUGUUCCUGGGUAGUCUCGAAGCUGCUCUCAACAGUGUCAAAGGACAGAUAGUCUUGAACUACUUUAUAGGAUGGGAGUUGGGGGGGGGCGGCGUCAUCUGCAGAUGACCGAAACUUGCAGAGGUCCAAUUUUUCCUCUAAGCUUAGAGGGAAAAAGAGAUUGGGCAGAGAUUAAGGAGCCGAGGGUUUCUAUAAUGUUCCCUCCUGGUAGUUGUCAUCAGAUGUGGGCUCAGCAAGUGGUGAGAGCAGAGGCCAAGGAGAAAGGCUAGGAAAAGCCUCUGCCAAGUGUCUCUGGCUGCCUCCGUCUGGGCACCAGGGACCCCGGACAAGGAGCCAAAGAGCAGCUGCUGGCUUCAUGCAGUAAGCUUAGAAAGGCCAGGCCUACCCACCGGCCCUGGGGGAGUGAGUGCUAUUGACCACUCCAUAGUAUAUAGGAAAAGUCAAGUUGGGAAAAAUAAAGAUCAGAACUAUGGGAUGAAAUGGAACUGAACUGUGAUCACCUGCCUACCCCGAUCCGCGUCCUUCCCUAAGAUCUGCUGUGCUUAAUGUACUCGGUGAAAUUGCGAUUGUUCCUCUGUAUUUGUCUGCUGAUUGUAAUCUCCUGUUGGUUUCUGUUGUGUUUGGGGGGUUUUUGUUCGUUUGCUUGUUUCUUUUUGAAGGCUCCUGUUCAGCAGCAGAGCCCGGACUGGAGGGAGGAAGCUGGAUGGUGAAGUGGCAAAGAGAAUAAUACCAAAAGCAAAAUAAAAAUAAGUCCACAAAUCCGCACCAGCCCCUCCUCCCCGAUGUAACAUCAGUCCAGAGUUUAAACAAAGUUGCGCUUGUGUUUCAGGCCACUAAUAAAUGGUUGAACAUGUA